UUGUUUUGGGGAAUAUAGUAUGCUAACUAAAUCAACAUGGCCGCCGAAUCUUGAGUUGACAGAUGAAAUCUUGAUUCGGUUUGUCGUAUGUCCACAACUAUUCUGUAUUACGAUGACUGGCAACGAAGGAAACGCCGCAGGGAAUGGCCGUCCAAAAUCUGGAAAAUCAACUGCACAUUCAUUUGUGAGGUUUGUAAAUAACACACGGCGAAGAGUGGACAUUAUCUGGCUCAACUAUGAAGGUGCUCGAAUCAAAUAUCGGACAUUGCCGCCUCAGCAGUUUGUGGAUGUCAACACAUUUGUUGGACAUCCAUGGGUCUUCCGCGACUCCGAGUCCGGAGAUCGCCUGGUCGUGCAGCUGAAGGAGAUAUAUGAACCAGUUGGCUGGACACAGCAUGAUGGAUGGCCGCCAUGUAGAAAGGUCGUACAUAUUUCCAUUCCAGUGUACUCCCUUAAAGAGAGGUGCAUGCAGGUGGUUCGCAAGUUUGUUCCACGAGACCAAAUAUGUCAGCUUGAAGUGCCAACAACAUUGAAAGUUGCUUUAAAAGAUACUGUUGUCAUAGGUUGAAAGGAAAGGUGCUUCAUGUACAUUUUGUCUGUUGCCACACCAGGCCAGUAGGAGCCAGCCCACCUUCUUUGUGUAGUGUGGCUAACGUCUUGUUGGGAGUGUCUGUGAACAGUGUGCCCUAGAGAACCAUGGGAUACGUUGUUUUAGAAGGGAAUCGUGGGAUAUGUUGUUUCAGAAAGGAAUCAUUGGAUACAUUGUUUCAGAAAGGAAUCAUGGGAUAUGUUGUUUCAGAAAGGAAUCAUGGUAUACAUUGUUUCAGAAAGGUAUCAUGGGAUAUGUUGUUUCAGAAAGGAAUCAUGGGAUACAUUGAUUCAGAAAGGAAUCAUGGGAUACAUUGUUUCAGAAAGGAAUCAUGGGAUAUGUUGUUUCAGAAAGGAAUCAUGGGAUACAUUGUUUCAGAAAGGAAUCAUGGGAUACAUUGUUUCAGAAAGGAAUCAUGGGAUAUGUUGUUUCAGAAAGGAAUCAUGGUAUACAUUGUUUCAGAAAGGUAUCAUGGGAUAUGUUGUUUCAGAAAGGAAUCAUGGGAUACAUUGUUUCAGAAAGGAAUCAUGGGAUACAUUGUUUCAGAAAGGAAUCAUGGGAUACAUUGUUUCAGAAAGGAAUCAUGGGAUAUGUUGUUUCAGAAAGGAAUCAUGGGAUAUGUUGUUUCAGAAGAUCAUGAUGGAUGUGUUUUAAUUCAGAAGGCAAUUAUGCGUUGUUUUGGCAGUUAGUCUCUGUAUUUUUAACCUUGAAAUCAAAAUUUCAAGGAUACCCAUUUAUGAGCUUUAAACAAUAUAUCUAUUUGGAGACAUUUUCUUUUUUACAUUAAAUUUUGUAAAUGGAUUUAUGGUAGUAUUGAGAAACAGCCUAGUCAGUUGCUCUCUGGGAGAAUUACUCUUAUGCCAGUUAUUAUCGCUCUGCCAUGAAGUGGGGCGGGGGAUAUAGGAACGGAGUUUGUCCGUCCGUCCAUCACCUUAUGAAAAACUGUUUAGGUCAUAGGAACGAAAUUUUACACACUGAUGUUACUGGACAUGUUCUCAAAUGAGUUAAAAAACUGGUCCAGUCAAUUGUUGUUUUACAGAGUUAUGGCCCUUGUUCUGUGCUUUCCCACUUGAUGCAUACAUACUCUGUGAAAUGGGGACAGUAUUUUUCCGAAACUUCUGAAGUUACAUGAAUGAAAGUUUGCAUGCUUCCCUAAGACAUACUUGUCAAGACUCAGUUCGAAAAUUGACCCAGUAAAUUAUUUUUUUACGGAGUUACGGCCCUUGUUAUUUCACUUGGUGCACAGUGUCUGCAAUGGGGAGUUUUCUCAGAAACUACUGAAAUUAGCUUAUUUAAGAGAUACUUUGUGUGUAGUAAUUUCACAUUUAAUCUUUUUUUUUUCUGAUGACAAAGCGGCCCAAUGCCUAUCUCUUCUUAAGGCUGUUUUUUAUAGUUUAUAUUCUCUACUAUAUGAACAAACAAAAUUCUAAUAUGCCCCAUGGCGGGGGAUAGUAAUAACACUGUUUUCUUUUUGAAUUAUUUUUUUAGUCCAGUAUCAUUUAUUAUUUGAUUCAUGUUUUCGGCAAGGAAUUAUUGCAGUUCUGGUUUUUCAUUUUUCUUUCAGCAAACAAUACUUGAGAAUAAGGUGUGUUCAGAUAGUUUUAAUAUUCAUAAAUCAGGUAAUUUCGAAUUUGCAUAAUUCAAAUUCAUAUAAAUAUGGGGACCAACUAAAACUGUUAUCCAUGUAUUUGCUUGAAAGGAUUUGUGUUGAUGACUUACCUCAAACUUGUUUGUUUAUCAAUAUGCCCCAGACAGAGUCGUGGAUGUGUUCUCAAGAUGUGCUGGAUAGUCACUGACUUUUUACUGAGUAUGAAUACUUUUUUGAAAAUGUCAAGUCCUAAAAUUGAAAAAAUGUCAUUUGGGGUGGUGAUAUGAAUAUCACAUCCAGUAUUUAUUGCAUGUGUUUAAUAUUUAUCAGGAAAACUUGGAAAAGGCCCAGGGGACCAAAGGGAACAGAUGGUCAGACUUCGUCGUAGUACACCGGUGGUGUAGAUCAUAGCUCCAAAUUGUAAUCACUGGAUUUUCUGGUUGGCUCAAUUAUUAUUAUUUACAGGCUGACGUCGUACAGCUGGAAUACUGCUGAGUGUGGCAUAAAACAACAAACAAAACAAAACAAAAUUCACAAUGUUCAAACACCCUGCUGGGUUUGUCAUGACAUGAUCCAUCCUGUACAUAAUGGCUGUUGGAUCAAGUCUUGAAAAUGUGAAAUGACUCUUAAAGGCCUUAUGUGCAGGCCGUAGUACAGCCUCGAUGAGGUUCAGUUUGCAAGUACCUAUUGGGAUUUCAAUGAAGAGCUAUUUAAUCUAUAAAUCUGCCCAUGUCAAUUUGAAGUUAAAUUACAUGCGGACAUAUGUUUAUAUUUGGCCUCAUGCCUCAUGGCAUUUUGACUAGGAACAUCUAUAAAACAAGAAAAUAUCCUGGACUCUGUAUUCAUGUAGCAGUUGUUUUGAGGCCUUUACGUUUAAGUUGCAUUCAGUGGACAGAAACAAUACUUUCAGUUUUAUUAUAUUUCAGCUUUUCAUAACUUUAGGUUCCUCAGAAUGUAAGAGCCUUUUCCUAAAACACCAAAGACCUGCAUACCAGCACAGCAUGUUGUUAUAGUGUGGGGGGCACGGGUGGCCAAGUUGUCUAAGGCACCGCAAUUCGCUGUGCAGAGUUGCGUCCCUUGGGCACGCCAGAAAACUUAUGAUUGUUGGUUCGAAUCCCGGUUCACCCCAAUUAUG